AUGGAGGAGUGCGGGGUGGGGCGGCCACUGAACCAAUGGUUCCGUGACUACCUCACCGCGCGGUCCUUCCGCGUGAAGGUCGGGUCGGCGCUCAGUGACGAGCAGGCCGUCCGCUGCGGAGUGCCGCAGGGCUCGGGCUGCGGGCCCCUCUGUUACCUGAUGCACGUGAACAGCCUGUGCGGCGUGCUGCGCCACUGCUCCGCGCACAUGUUCGCGGACGACCUGUGCACGCUGCGCGCUGGCACCGACCUAGAGCAGACCUGCAAGCUCGUACAGGAGGACGUCGAUGCCGUUGUCAAGUGGUCACACGAUAAUGGAAUCGGUAAAAUGGAUUCCGAUAUUGACACCCCGAGAUCAUCUAGACUGCCGUCACGAGCAAGACUGGUGCAGAGUCGCAGUAGACGCUGGAGGUCAGCGACGGUCUACCACAGAGGACGCUGUGGACUGCGACAGCCGAGCGUGAGGGGCCUGAAGACAGAUGUCGUCACCACAGCAGGCGCUGACGACGCUCAGAUGACCCGUACGAAGAAGGACCGCGGGAGUCAUGGCGAAGCUCAAGAAGGACCUACAGUGGAGGAUGUCAUCAAGCAUGUAACUAGUAUAGUAAUUUGA